GUGGAGUGCUGUGGCUGUUAUCUCUGUCUGAUAACCAAAUGGUCUGUUUACUGAAAGGAGAAGGUGGCUGUUAUCUCUGUCUGAUUACCGAAUGCCCAAACUCGGGAUCGGUUGACUGCAGGGGGCGCUGAUAUGAGGUGGGGUCUUGGGUCCUGGGUCAGGUGGCGAGGAUCCUCGGGUUCUCGAGCUUGGCUAUCUAAGCACCAGAGACUCGGAUCUUGCGUGGAUGCGCGAGCCCGAGGCUUCGGGCAGUGUCGGGUCUAGAGUCUAGAGACCCUCGAGCCUGAAGCUUCGGGCAGUCGGGUCUAGACCCUUGAGGUUCCCGGCCUGGGAGCCACCGGUCCCGUGACUAAUUUAGUGCGUGAAUCCGUAUAUGCAGUCUAAAAUUUGUCCAAGAUCGUAGCGACAUUGAGGGACAGAUUCAUAAAUGUCAAAAGAAGUUAUGUGCAGCGGACGAAUUCUAUUGCUGCAUGUGGUAAUGCUUCUCUAUUCCCUAAUAAUUGUAAUUAAUGAGUUAAUCCGCGUUGACUUAUUUAUGCAUAGUGUGACGUGGCGUAUGUAGGAGGGAUUAGAAACCCAAAAGAAACGCUCCCAACCGGAUUAACAUGUCCUUAAACACAAAAUUAAUGCGUAAUUAAAUUUUUCUCUUUCAUUCUGUUCCAAUCAAACCACAAUCCCCACCUCAGAAAAAAAGUAACAUUCGACGAAUCCCAGAUUUGUUCUUUUUCGUGGAGGAUUGAUGACCUCUUCAUCCUCUGUUCCUUAGCCUUUUUCCUCCGAUUUCUGUUGGUAAUGUCUCGUAGACAUGAAAGACGAGCUCCGUUCCCAUCUCUGGUUCCAUCUGGUAUGCAUUUGCCUCGCAUCGAGCAUCAUUCGAAUUCUAGGGAAAAGUUCCGGCAUCGAUUCCGAGUCGUAUGUGAUUGCGUGCGGAUCCUCGAGCCGAGGAACCGAUUCGGAUGGCCGAGUUUGGUGGCCGGAUUCCAAGUUCCUCGCCUCGCCGGCCAAUUCGGUGCCCGCCGCCGCCCAAUUCCAGGACCCUUCUCUGCCUUCCACGGUCCCAUACAUGUCUGCCAGAGUGUUCACCGCUCAAUCCUCCUACAAAUUCUCGGUUCCGUCGAGAACUCGGCUAUGGCUCCGGCUCCAUUUUUACCCUUCUGCUUAUAGCGACCUCGAUCCAUCCAACGCCUAUUUCGCAGUCACCGCGAAUGAGUUCGCACUCAUGAACAAUUUCAGCGCCUCGAUCACCGCCCAGGCGCUCACGCAGGCAUAUAUCAUCAGAGAGUUCUCGCUCACGCCGGUUGGAUCUGGCGACCUCAACAUCACUUUCACGCCUUCCACAGCACACGACGGGGCCUACGCAUUCGUCAAUGGCAUCGAGAUCAUUCGGAUGCCCGACAUGUUCGAGCAGGCGACGAUGGUCGGAUUCAGCGAUCAGGCCGUCCCCGUGGAUGGAUCUUCUUUGCAGACGUUGUAUAGGCUUAAUGUGGGUGGACAAUACAUUCCGCCAACCAAUGAUUCCGGCCUCACCAGGACAUGGUACGACGACACCCCCUACUUAUUCGGCGCCGCAGCUGGCGUCACGUCCGCGGCGGACAAGAAUGUGAGAGUUCAAUAUUCUCCGGAUGUUCCGGAAUAUAUUGCGCCGUUAGACGUGUAUAGCACGGCGAGGACGAUGGGUCCGGAUCCUAAGGUUAAUCAGAACUAUAACCUCACCUGGGUUUUCCAGAUCGAUGUGAAUUUCACCUAUAUCGUCAGGUUUCAUUUCUUGGAUUUCCUCCUCGGUAAAGUUAACCAGCGGGUGUUUGAUAUCUUUGUGAACAACCAGACGGCGCAGGCGUCUGCUGAUGUUAUCGCGUGGUCCGGUUCGGAGGGAGCACCGGUUUAUAAAGAUUUCGCGACUUACGUUAGCAACGGCGCCGGCGACGAGCAGCUGUGGGUGGCUUUGCAUCCCAGCGUUUCGAUGAAACCCGAGUACUAUGAUGCGAUCCUCAAUGGACUUGAAAUCUUCAAGAUGAAUGAUAGCAACGGGAAUUUGGCCGGUCCUAACCCAGUUCCGUCGCAAAUGCUUGUCCAUGCCGAGGCCGAGGCGGCCAAGAAAUUCGCUCCUUCGGGUCCUUCGAGCACCGGCCAAGUGAUUGGCGGGAUCGCCGGAGGGGUUUUAGGAUUCGCUAUAGUUGUUUCGGUAUGCCUUUUCGUGCGGCACCGGAGGAACGAGGCCAACGGAACGGAAUCUAGGGUCGGUAAAUGGUUACCGCUCUAUGGAAGUUCACGUGCGUCGACGACGACGACAACGAGCAAAUCGACAAUUUCCGGCAAGAGCAGCGGCACCAGCAGCCACCUCUCGUCGCUCGCGGGAGGCCUGUGCCGACACUUUUCGCUGUUCGAGAUCAAACACGCUACCAAAAACUUCGACGAGUCGCAGGUCAUCGGGGUGGGAGGAUUCGGGAAGGUGUACAAGGGCAUGAUCGACGGAGGGUCGACCGCGGUCGCCAUCAAGCGAUCGAACCCUUCUUCGGAACAAGGAGUUCACGAGUUCCAGACCGAGAUCGAGAUGCUCUCCAAGCUGAGGCACAAGCAUCUGGUGUCUCUGAUCGGGUUCUGCGAAGAAGACGGCGAGAUGAUCCUGGUAUACGAUUACAUGGCCAACGGCACUCUCAGGGAACACAUGUACAAGGGCAACAAUCCUCCAUUAUCAUGGAAGCAGAGGUUGGAGAUCUGCAUCGGCGCCGCCCGCGGGCUGCACUACCUGCACACCGGAGCGAAGUACACGAUCAUCCACCGCGACGUGAAGACGACCAACAUCUUGCUCGACGAGAGGUGGGUGGCGAAAGUCUCCGACUUCGGGCUAUCCAAGACGGGGCCGAACCUCAACCAGACGCACGUCAGCACCGUCGUGAAGGGCAGCUUCGGGUACCUGGACCCCGAGUACUUCAGGCGACAGCAGCUCACCGAGAAAUCCGACGUCUACUCCUUCGGGGUAGUCCUCUUCGAGGCCCUGUGCGGCCGGCCCGCACUCAACCCGAGCUUGCCCAAGGAGCAAGUCAGCCUCGCCGACUGGGCUCGGCACUGCCACAGGAAGGGGAACCUGGAGCACAUCAUCGACCCGCACAUUAAGGGUCAGGUCAGCUCGGAGUGCUACCGGAAGUUCGCCGAGACGGCCGAGAAGUGCCUGGCCGACCGGGGGCUCGACCGGCCGUCCAUGGGCGACGUGCUGUGGAACCUCGAGUUCGCGCUGCAGCUGCAGGAGAAUCCCGACGACGCGGCCGACCUCGCGGCGGAGCGCGAGGGCCAUGACGUGCCGAGAUCCAUGUUUGGUACAGAUGAAGGGACCGCCGUGAGCGGAGGAGAGAUCCAACAUGAUUCAAAUCCGAAUGCAGUGUUCUCGCAGCUAGUGAAUCCUAGUGGAAGAUGAACUCCAUUAUUUUUUUUCAUUUUUUUUUAAUUAUUCAAGCUUAUUUCUGUAGGAUUAUUUCUCAUAUUCUUCAUGGAGGUUUAGGCAAAUUGAUAGUAUUUUUUGCAUGGACAUAUAUAUCAAUUUUGU